AUGAGGAAUACAACAGUCACAAAAGUUGCAAAGGGUAGACCGCGAAAGCAUAAACUUUCUAUUGCUCACAUCAAGAAAGCCAUUUCAAAGUUUAUAACAAAUACCGAAAAGAUUAUCAGAUCGGUAGAUCCAGAUGCAAAAAUAGUGAUGUCGUCGCCCAAGCCACCAAUGAAAAAAUCUGGUCGUCCAAAGAAGAUUAUUGAAGAAAAGCCUAAAAUCGUGAAAAAACUACCAAAGGCAGAGAAGGCCAACCCUGAUAAAGAAAAAAUCAUUGUCCCUCAAUUUAGGGGUAAUUCUUAUGUAGCUAGAAAUCUCGCCUUCAGAGAUUUCUGAUAAUCAAUCCAUUGAAAACACUGACGAUGAAGUCUAUGAAGAAUUCCACUCUCACUCAGAAAAAAUUGAGUCUUUGCUAAGAUCAAGGCCAGAUAUCAGAAGAAUUAAGGCCCAUGGACGCUCUACGAAUGGCGUCCAUAGCAAAGGCCAAACCUACGAAAAUUGGAAAAGGAGCCUGAAGAAGUUUGGGAUGUAUACUCCUGAGGAUAUCAUGGUGAAUUAUUGGACUGAAGGAAUUGGCGGACUUCCAUAUGAAAUCCAAGAGCCAGUAGAAGAUGUAGUUAUCGAGCUUGAUAAUUAA